UCUCCAUGAAGAAUGAUCGGUCAAUUGAUCCUCCACGUAACUUUAAAGAUGGAGGAUGUUCUACUGAUCUGAGGUGAUGUCAACAGGUGACCGUAAUCAUGGUUUGGUACAAAAGCAGCAUCCAGGAAAGGCUGAGUCUUUGAUGAGCAAAGAUGAUCAGAGGAUCUCCAGUUUGUCCACAAAUGUGUGAGAAAAUUAUUGAAAGGUUUAAAAACAAUGAACCUUAAAGUAAGCUUGGAGGGGAUUUCCAUAUUUCUCCCUAUACAGUGCAUAAUAUCAUUAAUUCAAGGAAUCAGGAGGAAUUUCAGUGUGAAAAGAUCAAGAGCACAAGCUUAAGCUGAACGCCUGUGAUCUUCGAUCUCUCAGAUGGCACUGCAUCAAGAACCGCCACUCAACAAUAGCUGAUAUAACCACAUGGGUGAGGGAUUAGUUUAUCUUCCUUUAAUACAGAGUUACAUGCACAAAUGAUACUUAAGACUUUACUGUGGAAAAAAAGAAGGCUUAUGUUAACCAUGUUCUGAAGCGGCGCCAACUUCUCUGAGCUCAGAAGCAUCUAGGAUGGACCAUCACACAGUGGAAACGUGUAUUGUGAAUCAGCAUUCAAGGUCUUUUUUGGAAAAAAUGGACGACGUGUGCUCCGGACCAAAGAUGAAAAGAACCAUCCAGACUGUUAUCAGCCACAAGUCCAAAAGCCAGCGUCUGUCAUGGUAUGGGUUUGUGUCAGUGUCCUUGGCAAAUGUCAUUUACACUUCUGUGAUGGCAGCAUUAAUGCAGAAAAGUACAUGGAGAUCUUAGCUCAACAUAUGCUGCCUUCAAGACGUCAUCUUUUCCAGGGACAUUCAUGCAUUUUUCAACAAGACAAUGCAGAACCACAUGCUGCACACAUUACAAAGGCAUGGCUGCAGAAGAAGAGGGUACAGGUACUGGACUGGCCUGCCUGCAGUCCUGACCUGUCCCCAAUAGAGAAUGUGUGCAGAAUUCUGAAACGAAAAAUGAAACAAUGACGACCCCAUACUGUUGCACAUAUUAAGGCUGACAUCAAAGUCAAUUGUGAUGGAGGGUACAAGACCAGAUUCACCUGAACCCAGCUGUGUCUCCAUGAAGAGCGACCAGUCAAUAGGAUCGCCACCUCAAUUUAAAGAUGAAGGAUGUUCUACUCAUCUGAGUGUGAUGAAGGGUGCGAGAACAGAUUCACCUGAACCCAGCCGUGUCUCCAUGAAGAGCGACCAGUCAAUGGAUCCUCCACAUCACUUUAAAGAUAGAGGUGAUUUUACUGAUCUGAGAUCACAAAAGAAGAAAUUAAAUGUUACUUACAGAGAUCAGCUGGAAUCUAUAUAUAAGGAACUGGAGCUCAAAGUCAUCAGCAUGUUAAAGAAUGAGCUAAACAAGUUCAAAAAGCUCCUGAAUGAAGAUUACCCAGCAUGCUCUGAGCAGGAGGUGAAGGAUGUGGAAGAUCUGAGUAGUUUCAGUGAGGGGGCGCUAAAGAUCACACUGAAUGUUCUGAAGAUCAUGAACCAGACAGACCUCGCUAACACCCUGCAGAGUAAACUUUUAGUCUCUGUAUAUCAGAAAAAAAUCAAAUCCAACCUGAGAGAGAAAUGUAAAAGAAUCAGUGAAGGAAUCUCCCAGCAUGGAAGCUCAGCACUUCUGAAUCAGAUCUACAUAGAGCUCUACAUCACAGAGGGUUGGAGUGGAAACAUCAAUAAUGAACAUGAGGUCAAACAGAUUGAAGCAGCAUCCAGGAGACCAGCAACACAGGAGAUUCCCAUCAAAUGCAACGACCUCUUUAAAGACACGUCCACCAGAACUGUGCUGACUAAAGGAAUCGCUGGAAUUGGAAAAACAGUCUCAGUGCAGAAGUUCAUUCUGGACUGGGCUGAAGGAAAAGCAAAUCAGGACAUCAUCUUCAUAUUUCCACUUCCUUUUAGAGAGCUGAACUUGAUGAAGCAGGAAAAUCUCAGUCUGAUGGAACUUCUUCAUCAGUUUUUCCCAGAAGUGAAAGGUCUGCCAUCAUUAGACUGUGAUGCUUAUAAAGUUUUGUUCAUCUUUGAUGGUCUGGAUGAGUGUCGACUUCCUCUAGAUUUUCAAAAUAAUGAGCGAUUGUGUAACAUAACAAAGUCAGUAAAAAUGGAUGUGCUGCUGACAAACCUCAUCAAGGGGAACCUGCUUCCCUCUGCUCAUCUCUGGAUCACCACUCGAUCAGGAGCAGCCAAUCAGAUCCCUCCUGAGUGUGUAGACCAGGUAACAGAGGUGCGAGGGUUCAGUGACCCUCAGAAAGAGGAGUACUUUAGGAAGAGGAUCAGUGAUGAGAACCUGGCUAGUAAAAUCAUCACUCACAUGAAGUCAUCAAGAAGCCUCUACAUCAUGUGUCACAUUCCAGUUUUCUGCUGGAUUUCAGCUUCUGUUCUAGAGAGAAUUCUGGAUGGAGCCGAGGGGAAAGAGAUCCCCAAAACUCUGACUCAAAUGUUCACUUACUUUCUCAUCUUCCAGAUCAAACACAAGGAACAAAAGUACCUUGGGAAAUCUGACCCUGAUCCAGACCAGACCAGAGAGACGAUACUGGCACUGGGAAAACUGGCCUUCCAACAGCUGGAGAAAGGAAACCUGAUCUUCUAUGAGGAAGACCUGAGAGAGUGUGGCAUUGAUGUCAAAAACACAUCAGUGUACUCAGGAGUCUGCACCCAAAUCUUCAAAAAAGAGGUUGGACUGCACCUGGGUCAGAUCUUCAGCUUUGUGCACCUGAGUGUUCAGGAGUUUCUGGCUGCUUUAUAUGUGUUUCUCACCUUCAUCAACAAAAACAGAAAUGUGCAGGUGAUGCAAAACACUGGAUUUUUUAACAUCUUUAGAAACUAUACAAACAUGUCUGACUUUCUGAAGAGUGCAGUGGACAAGGCCUUACAGAGUAAGAAUGGACACCUGGAUCUUUUCCUCCGCUUCCUCCUGGGUCUCUCACUGGAGUCCAAUCAGACUCUCUUUCGAGGCCUACUGCCACAAACAGGAAGUAGCUCUUACAACAAAGAGGAAACAGUCAGGUACAUCAAGGAGAGGAUCAGUGAGAAUCCCUCUCCAGAGAAAUCCAUCAAUCUGUUCCACUGUCUGAAUGAACUGAACGAUGAUUCUCUAGUGAAGGAAGUCCAACAAUACCUGACCAGAAGAGGUUAUGUUAAUGACGAUAGACUCCGUCUGUCUCCUGCUCAGUGGUCGGCUCUGGUGUUUGUGUUGCUGAACUCAGAUCAGGAGCUGGAUGUGUUUGAUUUGAGGAAAUAUUAUCCAUCACAUGAAGGUCUUCUGAAGAUGCUUUCAGUGGUGAAAGCUUCUAGAAAAGCUGAGUUGGUGUGGUGUGAUCUAACAGAGGAAAGUUGUGAAGUUCUGUCCUCAGUUCUCAGUUUAAACUCCUCCAGUCUGAAACAUCUGAACCUGAAUAACAAUAAACUGAAGGAUUCAGGAGUGAAGCUGCUCUCUGCUGGACUGCAGAAUCCACACUGUAAACUGGAGAUACUGGAGUUGUGGAAUUGUAAUCUAACAGAGGAAAGUUGUGAAGUUCUGUCCUCAGUUCUCAGUUUAAACUCCUCCAGUCUAAAACAUCUGUACCUGAGUAACAAUAGUUUGAAGGAUUCAGGAGUGAAGCUGCUCUCUGCUGGACUGGAGAAUCCACACUGUAAACUGGAGAUACUGUGGUUGUGGGAUUGUAAUUUAACAGAAGAAAGUUGUGAAGUUCUGUCCUCAGUUCUCAGUUUAAACUCCUCCAGUCUGAAACAUCUGAACCUGGGUAACAAUGAACUGAAGGAUUCAGGAGUGAAGCUGCUCUCUGCUGGACUGGAGAAUCCACACUGUAAACUGGAGAUACUGAAGUUGAGGAGAUGCAGUAUUACAGAUGAAGGUUUUACUGCUCUGGCUUCAGUUCUGAAAUCAAAUCCAUCAUCACGUCUGAGAGAACUGUAUUUAAGCGGCAAUAAUCCAGGAGAAUCAGGAGUUAAACUGCUUAAAGAUCUACAGGAGGAUCCACAAUGUAACUUGAAGGAACUAGACAUCAGAAACACAUAUUGGAUGAUGUGAUGAAGAUGAAUAGCAGUGGAGAUAAACACAAUCAUCUUCACACUGGGAUUCUACAUGGUGACACUUCGUUCAGCUUCUUUAUGCUCUAAUCUGUAAACUGUCAUGACAUCACUUCCUGUACAAGAUCAACACUCUCAUACACAUACUGAAGUGCUGAUGGAUGAGAUUGGAGAGUCCAUCAGGUUACUGGUACCAUCUGUAUUAAUCUGAUAGACUUAGUUAAGAUUUGGAAACUGAGUGAGGGUCCAUGAGGACUGCUUUAGAAAACCCUACAUUACCUUGAUGCAUUAGCAUGCAGCCUGUAAUGAAGAAGUUUAAAGUUUUAGAUCUCUAUUACAGAUAUUAGUGAGGUCUUGACGUGAGGAUGCCUUCCUACAUAACCACAAGAUAUUUAGAGGACUGACUGAAGAAAGUCUCUUCUGUAUGAUUCUCAUCCUGAAACUUUCUAAGGGACCUUGUUGAAUGGUCAGAACAGACCUAAAAGGACAUCAAACAGUAGAGGUCCUGGGUUGAGGGGUACAUAAGUCUCCUCAUCAUCUUUUAUCAGAUGCACUUUAUUCUUCUGCUCAUGACAAUGAACACACACAGCAAGAUUUUAAAUUCAUGCAUAUAAAUGCAGCUUCAUUCUGUACUAGUUUUAAUUAAAAAAAAGUUGUCAUGAUGCAAUUGGUUCUUUUCAUUUUUGAAAUGUAAUAAACAAAACAGAUAUUAAUGUAAUUUUAAAAACAAAUAAUUUGUAAUAAUGAAACAUUGAAAAAAGAAUGAAUAAAUAACAUGUAUUUGUA